AUGCUGUCAGCAAUGGCACCACAUGGAAGAGAAAUGUCACAAGGCCUAACAAAGAAAAUAACUUCUUUACACAAGAAAGGUGAGGGCUACAAGAAGAUCAGCAAAUCUUUACUUAUCAGUCAGAAUACUGUAGCAAAAGUGAUACAAAAAUGUAACCACGAUGGAACUACAACCAUUUCAUACAGACAUCCAGACCGUCCACAGAAGUUAAAUAACACUUUAACACCUCAACAGGAGCAUCUUUUGAUGAGAAGAAUUGAAGAAAAUUGGCAUGCAAGUUCACUGCAGUUAGCUAAAGAAGUAGAA